GGCGGGGGGAGGAGGCGGCUCUAGCGCCAUUUUGUGGGAGCGAAGCGGUAGCUGGGCUGCUCCUGGAUCCCUCGCUGCUUCGGUUUCCCUGUCGGGCUUCCUAGCAGCGGCCUAGCGGAAAGGUAAGAAAAGAUGUCCGAGUAUAUUCGGGUAACUGAAGAUGAGAAUGACGAGCCCAUUGAAAUACCAUCAGAAGACGACGGGACAGUGCUGCUGUCCACGGUUACAGCCCAGUUUCCCGGCGCGUGUGGGCUGCGCUACCGGAAUCCAGUGUCGCAGUGUAUGAGAGGUGUCCGGCUGGUGGAGGGAAUUCUGCAUGCCCCCGAUGCUGGCUGGGGGAACCUAGUGUAUGUUGUCAACUAUCCCAAAGAUAACAAAAGAAAAAUGGAUGAGACAGAUGCUUCAUCAGCAGUGAAAGUGAAAAGAGCUGUCCAGAAAACGUCUGAUUUAAUAGUGUUGGGUCUUCCAUGGAAAACGACUGAACAGGAUCUAAAAGAAUAUUUUAGUACCUUUGGAGAAGUUCUCAUGGUUCAGGUCAAGAAGGAUAUUAAAACUGGUCAUUCAAAGGGGUUUGGCUUUGUUCGUUUUACGGAAUAUGAAACCCAGGUUAAAGUAAUGUCACAGCGGCAUAUGAUAGACGGACGGUGGUGUGACUGUAAGCUUCCUAAUUCUAAGCAAAGCCCGGACGAGCCUCUGAGAAGCAGGAAGGUGUUCGUCGGGCGCUGCACGGAGGACAUGACCGCCGACGAGCUGCGCCAGUUCUUCUGCCAGUACGGGGAAGUGGUAGACGUCUUCAUUCCCAAACCGUUCAGGGCCUUUGCCUUUGUUACGUUUGCAGACGAUCAGGUUGCCCAGUCUCUUUGUGGAGAGGACUUGAUCAUUAAAGGAAUCAGCGUGCACAUAUCCAAUGCUGAACCUAAGCACAAUAGCAAUAGACAGUUAGAAAGAAGUGGAAGAUUCGGUGGUAAUCCAGGUGGCUUUGGGAAUCAGGGUGGGUUUGGUAACAGUAGAGGGGGUGGGGCUGGCCUGGGGAACAAUCAAGGAAGUAAUAUGGGCGGAGGGAUGAACUUCGGUGCUUUCAGCAUUAAUCCAGCGAUGAUGGCUGCGGCCCAGGCAGCGCUGCAGAGCAGCUGGGGCAUGAUGGGCAUGCUGGCCAGUCAGCAGAACCAGUCGGGCCCGUCGGGGAACAACCAAAGCCAAGGCAACAUGCAGAGGGAGCCAAAUCAGGCCUUUGGUUCUGGAAAUAACUCCUAUAGCGGUUCUAAUUCCGGCGCAGCCAUUGGUUGGGGAUCCGCAUCGAACGCGGGGUCGGGCAGCGGUUUUAAUGGAGGGUUUGGCUCGAGCAUGGAUUCCAAGUCGUCUGGCUGGGGGAUGUAGAGAGGGGGCGGUAGAGACUGGCGGGGAU